CCCCACUGGGAUAGAAUACAUGGUAUAUAUAUUGAAUAUUUUGCUUCAUGAUGCACUUACUCAUGGCAUUCAUGUCACUUGGCAAUAAAACAAAGGCAUCAAGAUUGUCGCACUUAAGGUCUAGUAGACUCUAGGUGUAUAGUCACAUCAGUUGUUUUCAGAAAAUGGAAAUGUAGCAGAGGAGAAAAUGUAAACAAGGCAGCGAAACGUCAAUUCCGUGACAUGCCAUGCCAUGAUGAUAUAUAGUUGCAAAGAACUAUGCUUUUCUACGCUCAGAAUUUCCCAAUUAUUGCAGGCUCAUUCUUUGCUUCUUCUCCCUCGUUGUCCCAUUGAACCCUUUUUCUUCUUUUCUUUGUUUUUCAUCUCUUUUUAUCUUUUUUACAUCACCAGGAAUAAAGGAAGAAAGUACUGUUUGCUGGCGAUCAUGUACACCUGUAAAUGUGUGUGAGUGUGUGUAGCCAUUUAAGUACAGACUCCAACCAAUGAGGGUUGUAAUUGUCAGAGCCUUUCAAAAGGGUCAGGCCUUUAAUCUUUUACUCCACUCGCGUGAUAACCUCUGAAAAAGCCCUUUGUUUUUCUCUUCUUUCCACCUUUGUGCCCGCAUCUCCAUUUUCCAAGCCUUCAACAAAACAGGGGGCCGGUGUUCUUUCAUACCGUAGAUAUAGACAUCCUUGUGCUGGAAACAAGAAAUAGGAACCUGUUUCUCUCUGAGAUAGCUCGAACAGUUCGAGGCCAUGGACAGACGUGUUCGCAUGUGAAAUGAAGGCAAAAGUGGUGCCAACCUGAAGAGGACGCUCUGUUGCGUGCUUAUGUGAAACAAGAUGACGCAAGAAAAGAGAUCGGCACCCUGUGCUGCAAUGCAUGACCAAACCCUUCAACCAGGAUGCUAAUCCUGCUUGGAGAGGUGAAGAAGUAUCUUAAACAGAAGAAGAGCAACGUUUGGCUAUUCAUCUUCAAGCCAAGCAGGGCAACAAGUGGAAAAGAAUUGCAGCUGAGGUUUCCGGGCGAAGAAACGGCAUCGGCAACAGAAGGAGAAACAGCAAAACUUAGAAGCAAUUGAACAGGGCAAAUAGGAUCAGAUUCUAGAGAGCUUCAUAGAGAAGAUUGUUAAACAGCAUUCUGCCACCGGAAUUACAAUGGAAACUUCCAAUGGUGGAUUUCUUCGUACUGAUUCACCAGCUGCAUCCACACCAAAGGUGCUUCCUCCAUGGCUAGUUAGUUCUAGCAUGACAACAACCGUUAGGCCACCAUAUCCAUCUGUGUCUUUAAGCCUUUCACCCUCAAUAGUGCCACCUGCGCCAGAAAUCGCAUGGUUACAGCCUGAUAAUACUUCACAUAGUUUGAGCAUUUUGCGGUCCUUUGGGAUUGCUCCAGUUGGAGAGAACCCACAGGUCGCAGAACUUAUGGACUGCUGUAGAGAAUUGGAAGAAGGGCAUCGCGCUUGGGUAGCACAUAGAAAAGAAGCUGCCUGGAGACUGAAAAGGGUGGAGUUGCAAUUGGAAUCAGAAAGAGAGUGCCGAAGGAGGGAGAAAGUGGAGGAUAUAGAAGCGAAAGUCAGAGCUCUUAGGGAAGAGCAGAAAGCCAGUCUUGAUAGGAUUGAAGCUGAAUACAGGGAACAGUUGGCAGGAUUGAGAAAAGAAGCAGAAGCUAAAGAGCAGAAGCUGGCUGAGCAGUGGGCGGCAAAGCACUUCCAGCUAACUAAGUUUCUCGAGCAGCAUUGCAGAUCAAUUGCUAAUUAAGUUUCUUGCGCAGAUGGGAUGCGGAUGGAUUGCCGCAAUCAUAUUCAUGUAGUUCAUCUUUGCUGUUGCCUUAGUAAUUAUAUAAGUCCAGUUACUUAUUAAGAGCUUUUUACGCCAUUGAACUACUCCAUCUUAUUUAUGUGAUCAUGUGUAAAACCAAAACUGGAUGUAUCUUCCAUCCUCCCGUGAACAUUUCCUUUGAGAAGGAGCUUGAAAGGCCAUUAAUAAGGUCAGGAUCUGCAAAUGCGACUAUCUUCCA